AUGGAUUACUCUAAAAACACCUUGAAUCACUAUACUAUGAACUAUCCGGCCCUAAUCAAGAUGCUGGAACUAAUACGCAGUUCCGGUCGCGAGGAGAAACGUAUCCAAUCCCAGCUGGCCACGUACGAUUUCGUCCGGUUGUGUUUUGUCGAUCUGAACGGGAUCCAUCUAAGCAAAUUGGUCUCGACAAAAUAUGCGAAAAAAAUCAUUGACGGACAGUGUGAAAUGUAUGCUGGGAUGAUCACUUUCGGACCACGGAUGGAAGUUGUGGAUGUGCCGAAAGUGGUCGAACGGAAACACGUGAAUGGACAUCUUCAUCCGGACUUUUCAACUCUGCAUCCGUGUCCAUGGGCUGGAUCGUUGAAUCGGAAUAUUAGCUACCCGAACCCGGAAGCGGCUCCAACUUAUAAAGUAUGUGCAGUUUUAUGUGACAUGCAUUGGCCCGAGGGUGACGCCAUGCAAGCACAUCCGCGGGUUGUCGUGAAGCGAUUGUUACAAGAACUCGAGGAGAAGCAUAAACUCACCCUGUAUUCGGCAUUUGAACCGGAGUUCCGAGCAUUCAAAGUGGAAACUAUGGCUCCAUCUUGUGCAAACCCGAACUCGAGUACGACACCGUUAGAAGACCCACCGGCAGAUCCUGUUCCGUUCACUCUCGGAGAGGAUAUGUACAAAACUAGUCUGCUGGCCGAGUAUGAGUCGUUUUUCAUGGAUGUAGACACGCGGGUUCGUGAGAUUGGAAUCGAGGUGCAGGAUUACAGUAAUGAGAAUGGAGCGGGCCAACUGGAAUGCCCGCUUAUCCCCAAAGUCGGUCUCCAAGCGGCUGAUCACUAUUUCAUCCUGAAGCAAAUUCUGAAGGAGAUUGGUUUGCAACACAACAUGGGUGUGUCUUUCAUGACCACACCGUUCCAGGAGGGCACUUCGAGCGGGUGUCAUUACAACCACUCGUUGUGGAAUGUGGAGACGGGAACGAAUGCAUUUUACGAUGCAAAAAGCCCGGAUAAUUUGAGCAAAGUGGCCCAUCACUGGAUUGGCGGACUCAUGGCUCAUUUACCCGCGAUACUGGCCUUUUGUUCACCCACGGUCAAUUGUUAUCGUCGUUUGCACAAGAAGCUCGCCCCGGACGCUGUGAAUUGGGAUAUUAACGACCGAUUCGUUGCGGUUCGAGUGAAGAACACGGAUGAGAAACGCACGUAUAUCGAAAACCGGAUACCGUCGUCCGCCUCAUGUUCCUAUCACGUGAUGGCUGCGACCAUCGCGGCCGGGAUGGACGGUAUUGAACGCAAACUUGAGCCACCGGCUCCGGGACAAAAGCCAGUGGAUAGGAAAGCGACAGCCACAUGCAAACUGCUUCCGCACACAUUACAGGAAGCACUCACGGAACUUCGUGCCGACGAGCCAUUAGUGAAACGGUUGGGUGAGGAAUUUGUGGACUGGUUUGUGCAGAAUAAAGAACGUGGAGAUUUGCACACUUUGGGUAAAGUGGACGUGGGCAAGAAUUCCGGAUGGGAUUUAGCGUUCGAAAGAAACGAGUAUUUGUUUUAUAUUUGA